AUGGCCGCUAGAGUCGUUGUAACUGGGCUCGGGGCUCUGAGCCCUUUAGAGGCAGGUGUACAGAAAUCGUGGACAUCUCUUUUGGCAGGAAAAUCGGGCAUAACACCUAUUUCUCAGCUGCCAGAUGCCGCGAGCUACACGGCGCACUGUCCUGCGACGUGUGGGGUCGGAAAGGUCAGCAAUUUCAGUCCAGAGGAGUAUGGGGGUCUAUUUUCUACUCAGGAUUUGCGAAGAAUGAGUUUGUUCACGCAGUAUGCCACUGUUGCGGCUAGGGAAGCACUGGAAGACGCGGGCCUGCUCCAUGAUCGAUACUACGACAAGGAAAAAUUCGGAUGUGUCAUCGGGUCUGGCAUCGCUUCGAUCAGCGACACUUUUGAUACGGUAGGGGGUUUCAUCCAGGGUAAAAAAGUCUCUCCGCUGUUCGUGCCCAAGAUUUUAAAUAACAUGGCCGCGGGAAACUUGUCCAUCAAGUUUGGCCUUCAAGGUGUGACGCAUUGCGUCUCAACGGCAUGUGCCACUGGAAACAACUCAAUCGGAGACGCCUACAAUUUCAUACGUCUUGGGUACAGCGACUCGUGUCUGGCAGGCGCCAGCGAGGCCAGCGUGCAUCCGUUGGCACUUGCCGGAUUCCUGAGGGCCAAGAGCAUAACAACGGCCGGGAUAUCGCGUCCGUUUGACAGUCUGCGGGACGGGUUCGUUCUAGCAGAAGGAGCCGGUAUUCUUGUAUUGGAAAAUCUAGAAUAUGCUCAGCGCCGCGGAGCACGAAUUUAUGCUGAGAUUGUUGGCUACGGAGUUACAAGUGAUGCCUACCAUAUAACGUCUCCUCUUGAGGGUGGAGACGGCGCAAGAAGGGCGAUGCAGAUGGCACUAGGUGACCACGAUCCUCGCAGCGUGGGGUACGUCAACGCGCACGCUACAUCGACCAUCCUUGGCGAUCGCGCAGAGGCACGUGCCAUUCGAGAUGUGUUUAACGCGCGUAACAACCGGGAAUCAGACAUCUGUGUCUCUAGCAACAAAGGCGCCAUAGGGCAUCUGCUGGGCGCCGCUGGCGCAAUGGAAGCUAUUUUCACCAUCAAAUCGCUGUACCACGAUACAAUCCCACAUACCUUAAACCUCAACACCGUUGGAGGCGCCAAGGGUGAUGACGAGACCGAUUUUCAAGGCUUGAAUUUUGUGCGAGACAAACCUAUUGCAAGAAAGAUGGAAUACGCUCUCAACAACAGCUUUGGAUUUGGCGGCGUCAACAGUGCAAUUCUUUUCAAAAAAUGGGAUGAAGUUGAGCAAGUGACUAAGUGA